AUGCAAAACGCGGAACCCGUGGUUGACCUUCUAGUCGCUAUAUCGUUCGCGAAAUCUGCAUCUGAAUAUCGUGCAAGUUCGACUCCCGAUUUUGAUGCUCGAAAUUCGAUUCCCAUGUUUGCUGUCUUGAUCAGGUUGACUGUUGUCAAAAUCGAAUUCGGAAAUGUUUACGAUGUUGAUUUUGGUGAUAACUUUGACGACGACAUUGAAGAAAUAGCCGGAAUUGAUAAUCGCGUUGUACAUAGAAAACCGUAUACGAUUUAUGCACGCGAAAAUCAUUUUGACAAAUGGGACGAUAGAGAAUUUUUUAAACGGUUUCGAUUAACAAAACAGAGUGUUCAAUACUUACUACGACAAACGGAACAUCGAAUACGAUAUCGAACAGAGCGAAAUAAUGCAGUUUCGCCCAUGUGUCAAUUGCUUAUGGCUUUAAGAUUUUAUGCAACUGGACACAUGUUAAUAUCUGUUGAUGCAAUAGCACGCCUUCGUCCAGCAUGGAUAAAGUUUCCUACUACUGAAGAAGGUAUGGCAGAAAUAAAGGAAGGUUUCUAUAGGAUGGCGAGAUUUCCACGGGUUCUUGGAUGUGUGGAUUGCACCCACGUACGAAUGCUAUCUCCUGCGAUUGCAGGACCUAAAUUUCAGGUGCAGAAUAUUGUUGCACGGUGGCCUGGCUCUGCUCACGAUAGCAAUAUUUUUUCUCACUCCACAAUUAAUGCCCGUUUUGAGUCUGGUGAAUUUGGAGAUUCUUUACUUUUGAGAGAUUCUGGAUAUGCUGUCACAAAUUUCAUGAUGACACCACUCCCUGCUACACACAAUUUAGCGGAAGAAUUAUACAACGAAUCCCAAAUUAGAACAAGAAACAGUGUUGAGCGGUUAUUUGAAGUGAUAAAAAGGCGUUUUCCUGUAUUAUCUAUUGGAAUGCGAGUAGCUAUCCCGAAAGUGCAAAAUUUUAUUGUGGCAUCAUUUGUACUGCACAAUAUCGCAAUUCACUAUAAAGAGGACGAGCCCCCUGUAGAUCCUGAUGUCAGGAUUCCAAAUUUAGAGCAGCCUGAAGUUCUUGACGAGCUUUUCAGAAUGGAAAAUGCUCGACAGCAGUUAAUUGAAAAUUAUUUCGUUCCGUAA